AUGUCCUCUGGUAUUAGCGACAAAGAUGUUGCGGAUGUGCUUAAUGCAAUCGAUGGGGUCGGGAAUUCUACAAUGCAGCCACAUCGAGUUGCAAAGCCUGUGCCACUCUCGUCGCUGGCUAUCAUUAACGAUCCUCAGUGCAAUAACAGCGACCUAAAGUCUAUACUUCAAGAGGUAUGCAAUUUACACUUUUUGAGAACUUGUUAA